AUGGGAAUUGGCAUACGUGGUAUUAUUAAUAUUAUUCGUUUACAUUAUGGUCAACAAAAGUUACCUGCAUUACUCCUUCAUAAUUAUGAUGAAUGGCCUCAAUGGAAAAAAUUGUGUUAUAAAAAUUUAAUUGGUUGUCAUGUAUCUCGUAUGCUUGAAUUUAAUGUGGCAUUGAUUUGUUGGUUAUUUCUCUUUCCAAAAACAUUUUCAGAAGCAAAAGAAUGGCAACUUUGUUGGGUACUUAAGGUUAUUUUAUUUAAUUUAACAUGUGAAUUUACUAUAUGCGGCUUUUGGCAUUGGUUAACGUAUGAAAGUAUUUAUUCCAAAGGUAAAUUCAAAGAAAAAAAAUUUAAUCCAAUCAAUCCAUAUGAAUGUCAUGAUAAAAAAAAUGAACAUCUUCUCGAACAUGAAAUUCUAAUUAGUACAUUGGGUUGGUUGCAUUCAGCAAUGAUUCAAUGUACAAUGAUGUGGCUUUGGGCAAGUGGUAGAGUGCCAUAUUAUGCAGACUUCUGGAAAUAUCCAUUGUAUUCAAUUUUUUUAUUGUUGUUAAUUACAUAUUGGAGACAAUUUCAUUUUUAUUGGAGUCAUCGUGUGAUACAUCCAUGGUGGAAUAUUAAUUAUGGUUUAAAAGAUGGUGAUAUAGGAGCGGUCUUCUACAGAUAUUUUCAUAGUUUACAUCAUAAAAGUUAUAAUCCUGGUCCAUGGAGUGGUUUAUCAAUGCAUCCUAUUGAACACUUUAUCUAUUACACGUGCACAUAUUUUCCAUUAUUAUUUUCAUGUCAUCCACUACAUUUUCUUUAUGCUAAAUUUCACGCUGAUAUAUCACCAAUAGGUGGUCAUGAUGGUUAUGCUGAUCCAGGUGGUGACUCUAGUUUUCAUUAUCUUCAUCAUGCUAAAUUCAAUUGUAAUUAUGGUUCGACAUUGAUAAAUUUUGAUCAACUUUUCGGUACUUAUGUUGAUUAUAAUGACUACAAAAAACUCUAUUCUAAAUAA